AUGAAGCCAGAAUCGAUCCUAGCAGCUGAAGGAGAUGAAUCCAUCGUAGCAGUUGAAGGAGACGCAGAGCAGCGUGGUAUAUCUAAGCUAUCUCAAGAUUUGAAGGAAUUGGUAUUUUCAAAGCUUCCAUUUGAAUCACUCUGCAGUUCUCGCGUAGUCAAUAAAGAAUGGAAUUUUAUUUUGUCCUCGCACAGAUUUUUGUCUUCACUGCCGAUCCAAGAUCCAUGGCUUCCAUGGCUUCUUAUCUGUAAUGAAGAAAAUGAUGGAAAUUAUGGAAAUUGGUGCUGUAUGGCAUACUGUUUUUCAGCACAAAGAUGGAGGACCCUGUCUCUCUCUUUUCUCCCAAACCCUAAGGGAGGCCAUAGUAGAUUUUUACCCUCUUUUUUCCCUAACCCUAAGGAAGGCAAUACUAGAUUUUUACCAAGUGUAGGGGAUGGGUUACUGCUCUUUCAAGAAAUCCCCACUCCACAAUUAAUUGUAUGUAAUCCCCUUAUGAGAUCUUAUGCAGAGAUAGAAAUAGAUGUGACUGGCCAAUUUAUACAUAUCAUACAGGGAGGAAACAAAGAGCCAUAUUUGGUAGUUUGUUCGAAUUCUAAAAGUUUUUCCAUCCAGAUCUACCAGUACUUUCAAGAUUCAUGGAGGAUUAAGUUUCAAUUUGCAGGAGAAACACCAUCAUCAGAUAUUUUAGGUUCUGAAUUGGUUGAGUGCAAUGGAUUUCUUUUCUGGAAGGGAAUGUCGUCAUGGACUAUCUUUGGUUGCAAAAUCCAAGAUGAGGGUUUCAUUAGCCCUGUUAUAAUAGAUCCAUUACCCCCUGAAAUGGUUGAAGAUCUGGAUCUUAUGCAUUUUCUAUCUAUGGUUUCAUAUGGCUCAUCUGUUCUUGUUGUGUCCGUCAUACUCAACAAUCGGAGGCUUGACAUAAAUCACCCACCAUGGUAUGCCCCAAUUCAUCCAUCCGCUGUACACAACAUUUGCGAACUUGGCCGAACUCAGGACGGUAUUGUUAUCUGGGAGUUGUUUCAGGACAAGGAAAAUGAGUUGGUUUGGAAGUGGAAAGAAUUUUUAAAAAAGCCUCCACUGUCACUCCAUGAAUAUCUUGAUAAAGAUUGGUGGCAUCAGGCGUGUGCUUGUGUGGGAGAUUACUUGUGCUUUAGCAGUCUAUAUGGUGAUGAAAGUGUAAAGGUGUUUGCAUAUAAUCUAAAGGAAGGGUUUUGGCAACGCCUUCCACUCUGUAAAAUUCAAAACACAAACAGAAACCGGAGGAUGGUGUCGUUUGAACCAAAACCCCAUCUGUAUCAGUUUUUAAGAAAAUCGAGAGAAUGA